UCAUGGCGACAGAAGCCGCCAGCUGGGGUAAGGACAGGAACAAACACAGGAGUAAGGCUUCAGGAGGCUGCCUUAUACCGAGUCAAGCGGCCGACUGGUGGUAAUGGCUCUCCAGUGUUUCAGGCAGGAGCCUUCCCUGUCCUACCUGGGGAUGAACGAGUGGAACGAAGGAAUUGAUCCCUUAGAAACAUCUCAUCGGAGGCGGGACUAUUAGCAAGAGCAACCCCGGGUGCUACAAUGGCAUCUCGAGGGAAGACCGCGGCUCCUGUGGUAAAAGGUGCUGGGUUCUGGCAUGCUCCCAUUGUGACCAAAUACAGCCAGGAAACACAGGAAUUGUUAAAAGUGAUGAUGCAAGAAUCCAAACUUACCAGCUUCCAGCAACGUCAUCUCAUCAGCUGCAUGAAACGAGGUGAUCCUCUGCCUGUCCACUGUAGCCCAACAUCCAGCAAAGAACCAGAGCUUUCAAAGCCUGUCUCCCCACCGCCAAAGGCUUUUAUGUCGAUCAGUCAAUUUGGCAGGCCACAUCUUCGCCCUGCGAAGGUCUGCCGGGCAGGCGACGCGUACACCCGAGAGAAAUUCCGGCCACGGGCCACCCGAGACUUGGAGAAGGAGAAGGAAAGACUCCAAAAUAUCUUUGCAAAAGGAAAAGAUAAAGUUGUGAAAAAGCCCCAGAAGAAGACAGUCCAGGUAGAAGAGGAGGUGCCGGAACCUGAUCGGUUUGAGGAAUUGGUGAACGAAGUGCGCGAUCGACGGAACUUUCUAGCAGAGAUGGAGGCUCUGGGACAGGGCAAGUUGUACCAAGGGAUCAUCCUCACUGAAAUAUCACAGAAGCUACGGGAGAUGGAGAUCAUUGACAAGCAGAGAAGUGCAGAAAUGAGAGAGGAAUUGGCCCAAGCCCUCAAUACAGGCAGCAAACCCAAUUCUCCAAGCAAAGCACAAGACCAAUAGUCCGUUCCCACUCCAGGACUACUGCAGCCUGCUUGCCUUCUGCCAGGCCUUCUAGAAGAGCAUCAAAGAUCACAGUGUGCUUUCAGCCUUUUUGUAGCAGAUAGCCACAGAACUCCAUGGUUUUUUCCUCUUUGCAUGAACUCAAGAUAAUAGGAAUCCUCUAUUUGUAGCAUUCAGCAGCAGGAGGUCUUUUCACGGGUGCAUUUUAGAAGCAGCCAUUUCAUUUCUGGUUGGGAGCAGUAGGCAUACAUAAGCAUACUUUUCCUCUUCAAAUUGACCAGCAAGCAAUGGAAGAAGCUCAGCACAUCUGUUCAGUCACUGAAACAGGAUAGUUUGUGGUUUCCUAGCAACAUGUGCUUUGAUGGGUCAGAAUAGUGAUGGUUUUUAUAACAAGCAUUCAGGUCAAACAUUUCUGUAUAACCCUUCUCUUUGUAGGGCUUGUACUGUUUCCAGUCAAAUGGAAGUUAACACUGCUGUUUCUCAUUUACAAACUUGAGUUAUGAUCACUUAUGGGGGAAAAGUGAUGGCUGCUGCUUUAGACUGAGAUAGUAAGAGGGCUUUACUUUAAUGUGAGGUUCUUUGUUUUGUUUUUUGUUGUUAUGGCUACCUCAGUGAGAUUAUGUGCAUAUAAAAGUUAGAUCUGAUGAAGGGCA